GAAAGAGGGAAAGAAAAAAAGCACUUCUUCAAUUAUUUACACACCAGUAAGCGACCUGAUACGGAGCACUGUCAGACACAGGAGUUAGAUAUCUCAAAGAGCCUUCGGGGUGUUGUAAAACAGGACACGAUCCAGGAGGGAACCAGUAUACUAUUCGAUUGUCAUAAUGAAGGUUUGGGAUUCAGCUCAAAUGAAGAUUUGAAGAAGUUGUACACUGGACCACGGUUUUCCCCUCACGCCCCGUAUCCGGUCUGAGUUGAAGAAGGAAAGACAUGGAUUCCUUCAGCACCAAGAACCUGGCGCUGCAGGCCCAGAAGAAGCUGAUGAGCAAGAUGGCCAACAAAACCAUGGCCAACAUCUUCAUCGACGACACCAGCAGCGAGGUGCUGGAUGAGCUGUACCGCGUGACCAAGGAGUACACGCGCAACCGCAAGGAGGCGCAGAAGAUCAUCAAGAACCUCAUCAAGAUGGUGGUGAAGCUGGGCGUGCUCUACCGCAACAACCAGUUCAACAGCGAGGAGCUGGUGCUGGUGGAGAACUUCCGCAAGAAGGUGCACACGCUGGCCAUGACCGCCGUCAGCUUCCACCAGAUCGAGUUCACCUUCGACCGGCGCGUCAUGAGCAACAUCCUCAACGAGUGCCGCGAGCUGCUGCACCAGGCCAUCAACCGCCACCUCACCGCCAAGUCCCACUCCCGGGUCAACCACGUCUUCAACCACUUCUCCGACUGCGACUUCCUGGCGGCGCUGUACGGCCCGUCCGAGGUCUACCGCCCGCACCUGCAGAAGAUCUGCGACGGAGUCAACAAGAUGCUGGAUGAAGGCAACCUUUGACCCCUGACCUCUCU